AUGGGACAUGAAGGAGCAUGGAGGGACUUGGCACAUGGAAGCAGCUCAACUGGAUACGCAAAGGAAGAAGGGAGAAGCCAUCUUGAAGACCAGCUCGACCGUCCUCGACCAACCGGUCGAGUUCCUCAACUCGACCGGCCAAGCUUCAACUCGAUCGAGCUGAGAAGUCAACAGUCAAACCCGAAAAAUGUCUUUUGGAGCAUUCUGGAGCAUAUGGGACAUAAGGAGCAUGGAGGGACUUGGCACAUGGAAGCAGCUCAACUGGAUACGCAAAGGAAGAAGGGAGAAGCCAUCUUGAAGACCAGCUCGACCGUCUACUCGACCAACCGGUCGAGUUCCUCAACUCGACCGGCCAAGCUUCAACUCGAUCGAGCUGGAGUCAAAGUCAAACCCGAAAAAUGUUGCUUCCCCCUUGACUUCCUUUGA